GGUCCUGUCCCUGCUCGCUCAGCCUCCUCCGGUCGUCGCCAUGGUGCAGAUGAUGGAGUCGCAGUGCGAGUAUUUCAUGUAUUUCCCGGCGGUGCCCAUCACGGAUCUGUCGGACCCGGCCCGGUACCGCACUCUGCCCCGCCGGAGUCACCUCUACCUGGGCGAGACGGUCCGCUUCCUCCUGGUGCUGCGCUGCAGGGACGCUGGGGCGACGCCAACCGAGCACGGCCCCGCAGGGGGCACAGACGGCAGUGCAGCCGGUUUUGGGACAGAGUCGGCCAGUAGCCGGGCGUGGAGAGAGCUGGCUGGCUCUCUGUGUGCCGUGGCCAGCGUGAGUCCAGGUGAAAGUAGCCGCCAUCGGGGCAACCACCACCAGCAUCACCACGACUACCAGAGCAGCGGGGAUGAAGCCAACGAUGACGGUGAGGAAGACUACAUUGCAGCAGCAGAGGCAGCCAUUGCGGCGCUCGGCAGCAGGGUGGACUCCCGGUGUCGGAGCUUCAGGGACUGCAAGCCUCUGCUCAUCCACAACUCAUCUGGGACGGCGGCGAGGGAGUUCCGCAGGGCGCCUGUUCAGUCUCCUCUGGACGAGCCAGUGGUUUUGACGGAUGAAGUGAUCUUCCCCCUAACCGUGUCUCUGGACAAACUCCCCGUCAGCACCCUGAAAGUCAAGGUGAUGGUCACGGUGUGGAAGAAGGAGGCAGAGAAAGCGGAGGUGCAGGAGCUCGGCUACCUGAGUGUCCUACAGCAACGAGAGCCAACACACACCUUCAGACACGACCUGAACACCUUCAAAGCUCAGGUGAGCACCACUCUGACCGUCCUGCCGCCUCCCACUGUCCGCUGUAAACAGAUGACCGUCUCUGGGAGGCACCUUGCCGUCCUCAAAGUGUUGAACGAGUCUUCACAGGAGGAAGUGAGUGUUCGGGACGUUCGGAUUUUACCAAACCUCAAUGCCUCCUACCUUCCCAUGAUGCCGGAUGGCUCCGUGCUGCUGGUGGACAACGUGUGCCAUCAGUCCGGUGAGGUCGGCAUGGCGUCUUUCUGCAGGGUGGACAGCCUGGCCUGCCGCCUUCCCAGCAUGCUCAGCGCUUUGGAGGAGCACGACUUCCUGUUUCAGCUUCACCUCAACGACAUGCCGCAAGACGACUCCAACGAGGGGCUGGAGGUUCCCCUGGUCGCUGUACUGCAGUGGUCGACUCCCAAAAUGCCUUUCACCAACUGUAUCUACACCCACUACAGGUUGCCCAGUAUCCGUCUGGACCGGCCGCGGUUCGUCAUGACGGCCAGCUGUCCCAGCACCGUCAAGGUGAAGGAACACUUCAAAGUCAAAUAUGUUCUGCUCAACAACCUGCAGGACUUCCUGGCUGUUCGACUCGUCUGGACUCCAGAGGGUCGAGGUCAGGGUGAGGACGCGUCGCUGGCGGCUGUGGUUUGUCACACUCCUCUCAGUAACCUCGGACACUGUCGCAAAGGCAGCACUCUGUCCUUCAGCGUGGCCUUCCAGAUCCUCAAACCAGGACUGUAUGAGCUGAGCCAACACAUGAAGCUGAAGCUCCAGUUCACUGCCUCGGUGUCCAACCCUCCGCCUGAUGCUCGGCCGCUCUCACGUAAAAACAGCCCGUCCAGCCCGGCGGUUCGAGACCUGCUGGACCGACACCAGGCCAGUUUGGGUCGAUCACAGUCCUUCUCCCACCAGCAGCCGUCUCGAUCCCACAUCAUGAGGACGGGCAGUGCCAUGGAGCGGCGGGCCAUCACUCCUCCCGUUGGCUCUCCGGUCGGCCGGCCGCUUUACCUGCCACCACAGGACAAGACACUGCUGUCACUGGACAAGAUCGCCAAGAGGGAGUGUAAAGUGCUGGUGGUGGAUCCUGUCAGCUAGGGAGCAAGGACGCAAGGAGGGAGGAGAGGAAAGGACAAGGAAGCAGUGAGAGGACGCCUCAAAAGGAGGACAUACUUCUGUUUAAUCUGAGAAAUCAAUCAGUGAAAACAAAAAAAAGGAAACAUAAGACAUGAAAAAAUAAGAUCGUGACAAGUUGUCUGUCACAAAUAGAAACACCUGAAGAAGAAGCGGAGAGGAAGAUGAUCUCCUCUUCAGCUUCUCUUCGUAUUGAAAGUGAACCUGCUGCCUCGAGUUUCUGCGGGAGAGCAUUUUAAUUUAAACAGGAACACAAAGAAGAAAAAGAAACAAGUGUCCUGAUGAGAAAACAAACUGUCCUGCGAUGAACAGACACUGUACGAAAUGUGUUCACACUUUAAAUGUCACAUUUUAAUGUAUUAUGAUGUUUCUGUAUUAUUUAAAGGUUCUGUAUGUAACUUCUUACAUGUAUUAUUGUUUUUAUUGCCAGUGGGUGAACUGGUUGUAACAUAACUUAAAGACUUCCCUGUCUUUCUCUGUUGCCUCCAACAGCCUGUGGACUGACUUCUAAGUCAAAGACUCGAAUUAUCCAGGAAAAUCCAAAAAGGAUGUGACAUUACACGUUCCCAAGCCUCUCUUCAGCUAGCUCCAAAGCUAACAGUGAGCAAUAUUAGCUAAAGUUACACUAGGAAAUGGAGCCCGCUAACUUCAUGAUGGUCCAUGAUAAACCUUCACUCAGCGCCCUGUAGCAACUCGAACUCAGCCAGAGCAAGACCAAGCGCCCAAGCACCAAGGAUCUGAUCCCGGAGUCCUCUGUGGAUCAGCAAACCUUCUGUUGCUGCCUUUACAUGGUUAGACCCAGCACUGUUGCUGACCACCACCAGCUUACUGUGAACUCUGUGUCUGGGGUUUGCGCUAGCUGAAUUCAAGUUGCAACAGCGCUAAGGUCUGAGCUGCCGUCCACUUUCCUGUAAUGUAGUGUCCUAGAGGUGGGAGUCUCAGGUUUGGUACUGAGGAAAAAAGAAAACUAACGUUAAAGGAACAGUGACAUGUAAAAUAUAUAGUGAUAUUGUGUUUUUAGUUGGCAGAGACGGACCUACAUUUAACAACUCAUUCAGCCAGAACAAAUUUUGGACUGCUGUCUCAUCCACCUGACUCCACGCCAUCAGCAAAUCCUCUGUUGCUGCAGUUACACGGGUUAGACCCCGUGCUGCUGCUGGCCACAAUCCCGCUGUGAACCCGGAGGGUGGGGUUGUACUAGCUGAAUUCAAAUUGGUACAGCACUAAGGUCCCAGCUGCCAUCCACUUUCCUCCAUGGGAGGUAGUGUCCUAGAGGUGAGGAGUGAGGUGAAGGGUCUGCAGACUGUGCUAGCUUACUAAUUCUUGUCUUAUUUGUGGUUUGAUUCAUUUAAUUCAGCGCCCCAUAUCAAAAUUUUAGCACCACCCACUGCUGAAAAGAAAUCCUGAUGUUAGAGGAAAACACUGAAAUAUGAAAUAUCCAAAGGGCUGUUGGAAUGUACUGUUCAUUUAUUCAGAACACCACACGCUCGGAGCAGCAGAGCACCGAGUGAAGUGAAUGUGAUUAACUUAACACUCAUUAAUUCAUGUAG